CGCCUCCGUCUCCCGCUUUGCUCAUUUCUCUCUCUGUUCUACCGUGGCUCUGCUCCGUCGAAUCCUCCGCCGUCAUGCGUGAGUUCCGGUGUAGAUCCGUCGAUUGGAAGCCAUCUCCGGUGGUUGCCCUCGCCACCUUUCCAGACGGCUCCAAGGUCGCCGCGGCUCGCGAGGACGGGGCUCUUGAGGUUUGGGUCGUUGCUCCCGGCUCCGUCGGAUGGCACAGUCAACUCACCAUCCACGGAGACCCUAUUUCUAGAAUCUCGUCCCUCGCGUGGUGCCGUGCUGGUUCUUCCGAUCGGCUGAUUUCGUCGAGCCUUGAUGGAACGAUCUCAGAGUGGGAUCUUUUCGAUUCGAAGCAGAUUGUGCUAGAGUCUAUUGGAGUCUCAAUCUGGCAAAUGGCUGUGGCUCCCACUAAGGAACCUUCCAUUGAUGCAGAAGGUAAAAACGCUUGGCAGAUUCAAAAUGGAUACUUGAGCGAAAACACAGAUGAUGACGAAGGAAGUGAGAGUGGAGAUGAUUCUGAUUUGCGUGCGAUUCAUAAGAAAUCAGAGGAUGAGUAUAUUCGAGUUGCAGCUGCCUGUGAUGAUGGCUGCGUGAGAAUAUAUCGAAUCUCUGGCUUAAACAAGUUAACGUGCUAUAGAUCAUUGCCUAGGGUCAGUGGGCGUUCUUUAAGUGUGACAUGGAGUCCAGAUGCUCAGAGGAUUUUUUCGGGUAGUAGUGAUGGGAUGAUAAGAUGCUGGGAUGCCAACCUCUGUCAUGAGGUAUAUAGAAUAACAGUUGGCCUUGGAGGACUGGGAAGUGGGUCUGAACUCUGUGUUUGGUCGCUUCUUUCACUGAGGUGUGGAGUUCUUGUCAGUGGAGAUAGUUCAGGAAAUGUUCAAUUUUGGGACAGCCACCAUGGAACCCUUUUGCAAGCACAUACUAACCACAAAGGUGAUGUUAAUGCUCUUGCGGCAGGUCCUAGUCAUAACAGAGUUUUUUCAGCUGGCGCCGAUGGAAAGGUUAUUCUGUAUACUCUCUCUGGCAAUACAGGUGGUUCAAAAGAUAUGAAGUCUCCAUCUGCUGUCUAUCAGAAGUGGGAUUAUAUUGGUUAUGUCAGACCUCAUACACAUGACAUCAGGGCGUUAACUGUAGCUGAGCCUAUUAGUCGGGAAGAUUCCAUUCAAGAUGAAACAUUUCUAAAUAGAAAUGCAAAAAGAGCAAAUCGUAAAAAGCGCAGGAAGGAGAAGCCGGAUGACUUAACCUACCAUAAAUGGGCUCUUUCAGGGGUACCUGUGCUCGUUUCUGCUGGUGAUGACACAAAGCUCUUUGCCUAUUCGGUUCUGGAGUUUACGAAAUUCUCUCCACAUGAUAUAUGUCCCGUCCCUCAGAGAGUACCCAUUCAAAUGGUGCACAAUACAGUCUUCAAACAGACUUCUCUUCUUCUGGUUCAAGGUGUAUGCUCAUUAGAUAUUCUGCGUGUUCACAUAAGUUGUGAUGCUACCUCUACAAAACCAUUGAUUCAAGUAAAGAGUAAAGAUGCUCGGAUCAUCUGCAGUGCCAUAUCUAACUGCGGAUCACUGUUUGCUUAUUCUGACCAAAUCAGCCCCAAUCUAUUUGAAUUGAAGAGAAAUGAAUUUGCAAAGAAUCCAUGGAGUGUCAGUAAAAGGCGACUUCCCAAACUUCCAUUUGCUCAUUCCAUGGUAUUCAGUUCUGACUGCUCACAGUUAAUAAUAGCUGGGCAGGAUAAAAGGAUAUAUAUUGUUGAUGUUGGUAGCAUGGAAGUGGUACACACUUUUAUGCCACGCGGCAAGGAGCAUGAAGGUGAUUCUCAGCCUAGAGAACCCCCAGUAACAAAAAUGUAUACCAGUUCAGAUGGUCAAUGGUUAGCUGCCGUCAACUGCUUCGGGGAUAUCUAUGUAUUCAACCUUGAGACGCAGAGGCAACACUGGUUCAUAUCAAGAUUGGACAAUACAUCUGUUGCAGCUGCUGGUUUCCAUCCUCGAAAUAGCAAUGUGCUUGUGAUGUCAACCACUUCGAACCAGUUAUUUCUAUUAGAUGUGGAGGCAAGACAGGUGGCACACUGGUCAUUACUCAGAGAUGUUCUGCCAGAGAGGUACAGAGAGUUUCCUGGUGAGGUCAUUGGGCUCUCGUUCUUGCCAUCAGCAAGUUCAUCAUCCGUAAUCAUUUACAGUUCCAGGGCGACAUGUUCCAUUGAAUUUGAUAUGACUGCGGAACUCGAAGACACGACCAGUUUACAAAACGGAGAUCUUCCUAAAAGGGUAGAAGGUAAGCUCGUGAAUGGCGGUCUGAAUUUCGGGAAUGGAACCCGAAAACGUCCGAUAGAGGAUGAUCAAUUAUUAAGCUGCAAGUGGAAACAGAACUUUGAUGUCAAACCCUCCAAUCACCCAAUUCUAUUCGUUGGGCACCUUUCCAAAAAUUCUGUCUUGGUAGUAGAGAAACCAUGGAUGAAAGUUGUCAAGAGUUUGGAUACAAAGCCACUUCACAGACAUAUUUAUGGCUUAUAGGGUAGGAAAAAAGAGAGGGUCACUGUAUGAGAAAAGAGUGACAAAGCAAAAACACUUGCUUUCUUUUUGGGUUAUUUCUCUCGUUGGGCAAUGUGGGGAGGGAGAAAGUUUUGGGAAUAUAAAAGCCAUGUUGUGUAUUGUGUAA